CUUGUCUUUGUGCAUCUCCCGCCCGGCGUCUGCCGAACGCUCCUUGUCCCGGACCUCUUCAUUCUUGCUUGCUCCCCGUUGCUGCUCGCUCAUUUGCUUCGCUCGCUUCUUGGUUUCAUGAGAACAACAUAGUCAAUCCCAUCAGCAUGAUUCACGACAUUUCGAAGGUCCCACCGCCUCGUUCAGUCUUCAAAUUCAAUUCCGAGUCCCAUUUCGUCAAGGUCGAGAACAUACCGAAGGAUGUCGACAGACAGGAGAUUUUGGCCCUCUUCAGCGCCCUGAUAGGCACAGUGCGAACCGUAGAAGAGCAAAAGGAUGCCUCCGGCAACACCAUCAUGCAACUUUCCUUCCAAGAUCGAGACGCCGCCAAGAAAGCCCUCUGCAUGAACGGCUAUACUGUCUCCGGGACGGCACUGAUCGUCACUCGCGGGCCCUCUACCGAUGGGCCAUCGAUGCAGUCAAAGUACCCGGAUAUGCGCCGUAACCUCUAUGUCUUGGGCCUUCCUUUUGCCCUCACGAAGUCCGAGUUCACCACAAUCUUUUCCAAGUACGGAACGGUCGCCCACUGUGUGAUUCUCGCCACCGUCGACAACGCAUCGCGACGCAGGGGCUUCGUGGUCAUGUCCACCCACGAAGAGGCGAAGAAUGCCAUGGUGAAUCUGUCGCGCACGCAAAUCAAAGGCCAUACGCUCGACAUUUCCUGGGCUGUCGUCCAGCGCUCGCAAGGCUUUCUUGACGGUGGUGACCGAGCCAUGUUCAUGGCCGACAACCCGGACUCCCGCAGCUCCUCAAUUCCCGGCGAUGCCGAGAACGACGCCCCGGACGACGGCUUCAAGCCCGUCGCUGCUCCUUUCGAGGCGAUGGAACCCGCUCUCAAGCCCCUUGGCGACUCUCGCUGUCGCUCGAUGAACUCUAUUGUCUCUCCGACUAUGCCUCACGCUGCGUCGCCUGUAGCUGCUUUGUCCGGACGCUCUCCCGCUCAAGACACUUCCGACCUCUCCGCCCACGAGCUCAGCUUGACUUCUACUGCGACGAUCCUCGUCACGAAUCUGCCCAGUGUUCUGUUCUCCUCAGCGGCGGAUCUGCGGCCUCUCCUCUGUCCCUUCGGUACCAUCAAGAAUCUGCAGGUCAUCAAGACGGGCUCCACACUUGCGACCCAGACCUCCGUCCUCAGUUCUAACCAGGCGUCCUCGCUCACCUGUACCCCGGCGUCUUCCCUCAGCAAUCCGGACCUCCAAGCUUCUGCCCUCUCGAAACACGGCACUGAGGAGAAGGAGAAUGUCGACCCAGCGCACGCUAAUGGGAGCAAUGCCUCGCAGGAGUCCACGACCACCGUUCUCGUCGAGUACCAGCACGCCGCCGAAGCCGAAGACGCAUACAAGACGCUCAAGGGACAGUCCUAUGCGCAAUUCUCCCUCGAAGUGCAGUAUUUGCGUCCUGUUGCGCCGGUCGGAGGAGAGACGCACGACGGAUUUUCGCCGCGUUAUGACGGGUAUUCCACGCGGAUGGAGGGAUAUGGCGGGCGAUUGGGAGGUCACGGCGGCAGACUCGAGGGCUAUGGCGGCAGACUCGAGGGCCACGGCGGCGGACGCUUCGACGGAGGGCGCAAGCUCCCGAAGAGCUACACGUCGUCGCCGCGCUUACCCUCCUCGCCUCACCUGACUUCCUCGCCGCACAUCUCGUCCUCGCCGUACCUGACCUCGUCCUCGUCCUCGCCGUACCUGUCGUCGUCCUCGCCGUACAUGACCUCGUCGCCCAACCUGCUUUCGUCGUCGCCCAAGCUGCUCUCGUCUCCGCAUAUGCCGUUCGCGUACGUUCAUCCGUCGGCGAUGUACGCGAACGCGAUGUCGCCCUCGUUCGUGGGGUGCGGGACGGCGUGUGUGGGUGGAGGUUUGCCUUGUGCGGGGGGCGGCGCGGCAGGUGGGGGCGGAGGCGCGGCAGGUGUGGGUGGAGGGUCGCCGGCGGUGGGCUCGCACUCGUCGUCCGUGGGCUCGCACUCGUCGUCCGUAGGCUCGCACACGCCAACUCCGGGAUCCCACUCGUCAUGCACGAAUAGUUCAUCUCCGUGCCCGCACGGAUGGCACGGUCCUACUGCCCCAGCGUGGCACGGGCCUACUGCCACCGCCCCAGCACCCUCCGGCCUCUUCUACAACGCGCCGCACUAUCUGGUCUCGCCGCACGAUCUGGUCUCGCCGCACGAUUUGGUCGCUCAGCAGGAUGGGGCGAUGGGGAAUGAUUAUUUCAGGUGCGUAUCCCGACCCUCCGCUUGAGUUUUCUUCGGCGUCUCUGCGUUGGAGUCACGUUAGUGGAUGCUUGGGAGUGAAUUGCAGGCUGAUGAUUAUCGACAGACGCAUGCCGGUGCUCCCUACGCAAGGCGGCCAGUUUGUGUAUCCUGCGUUCACGGCGCCGAUGCCUGCGGGGUAUGCUGGGUUCUGAGGCGGUUAUCGGCUACCGCGUCCUCGAUAUUCGAUUCCAGUAUAGUUCGGCAACGUCUGCGUACACGCCAGCGGCUCUGCCUCCUCACCUCCCGCCUGUCGCUCGUUCUCGAUCUCACUCGUGUACUCGUCACUUCCGACUUCGCUUUUCGACGCUAUCGACAUCGCUUUACAAGGUUCUCAACAUCGCUCUCGCCUGCACUUCGCACAUCGCUAUG